AUGUCAUCCAAUCUAAAUGCAUGUCUCUUAGGAACAGAAAAUUGCUGGUAUAUUGAACCACUUCUGGCAGGAUCACCAACUAAAUUCGAAUUUGUAAAUCUCCUUGUUGGGCAAGCUAUUCCAUCAGGGGGCUUUAAUGGACAUCCUGUCGAAAAUCUUAGAGUUGUCUUGAUAGAUGGUGCUGCUCAUACUGUUGAUUCUAAUGAACUUGCAUUUAAGUUGGCUUCUAUCUAUGCUUUCAGACAGUGCUAUACAGCUUCCAGGCCAGUUAUAUUAGAACCUGUUAUGCUUGUUGAGCUGAAAGUACCAACAGAAUUCCAAGGAGCCGUUGCUGGUGACAUUAACAAAAGAAAAGGUGUUAUUGUUGGCAAUGAUCAGGAAGGAGAUGACUCUAUCAUCACUGCCCAUUGGCCAGACAAAAAGGCCUAUAAUGAGACACUAUUGAAGCUUGCUGGGUUAUUUCAGAGGAAUCUUGAGACAUUCACCAAUCACAAGAUUGGCAAGGACAACAAACUCACUGAAGAGAUUUUGGCAGCUAGACCAGUGUUUUAAAAAUGGAGAAUGCAUGCUGUGUUAAAGUGGGGUUGGAUGGGAUUCAAGAUUAUUAUUAUUAAGAAAUAUAUAUAUGGCUGAAUAGACAUAUUAUAUAUAUAUAUAUUGCAUUUCUAAUAAUAAUUUUGAUUUCAUUGGUUUGGUUUUAGGCAUAUGUAAAGUUGGAGUAUUGUUAUAUUUCUAAAUUUUUCACAUGAAUAGAAUUCACUGCUUCUCA